AUGAUUCAUAUGAUUAUUAGGAGAAUUUCAGAAGAUGAAGAUGGGUUGCUUAAUGCAAAGAUCGUAUAUGGAUAUGCGCAGAAAUCAGCGCUUUCCAAUAAGAAUGGUGUGCUUCCUGAACAGGAAGAGAUCGAACAAAAGACUCUUGACGAAGAACCUGAAAUGAAAGAGGGAUGCUUAACACAAGAGCUAUCUGAUGUAACUGAGAUUGAGGAAAAUGUCGCUUCUUCUUCUGUAUCCUUUUCAUACUAUCUAUAUAAGCGAAUUAUACAUGAUCCACGUGUACGGAUGUUGACUACAUUGAACCUUGUGAUAAUUUUGUUAUGCUUUUGCUUAUUUAUAACUAUGACAGUUUUCCUAAUCAAGGCACUUGCCGUCAACAAUAUGAUAGCAAAAAUUUCGGAAAAUGAAUUGCCAUGUAUGUAUCAAUGGAGUGGUUGGAGUGCGUGCUCAGAAACAUGCAUGAGUACCUCAGAAAUGCCUUUGCGAUCACGUCGUGUACUUAAAAAAAGUAUUGUUCGCUCCCGUGGCAAAUUUCCGCCUUGUCCUGAAAAUUUGGCAGCAAUGGUUGAAAGGAUGCCUUGCAAUAUUUAUCGAUGUCCAGUCAAUCUCAGCUCAAUCACUGGAUGGACCCAGUGCUACUACAAGAAUCCAAGCGAAGGUGAGUCAGGUGGUUGUUACAGAAUACGUGAUAUUCCCACUGUUAAUCAACUCAUUUAUAUCGAUACCACAAAUGUUAUGGAAGAUUGCAAAUGUCUUACUGCUAUUUUUUAA